AUGAGACGAUUUGGGUGCAUCUCGAUUGGAGGUAGAGAAUGCAUGGGAUGCAUUAAUCCAGCAAAUACUAAGGAAGCAGUGUAUUUGAGCCAUGCGAUGAUGGACACUUGGGCUCAAGACGCGGUGAUGCAUAAGCACGGUGCUACUGAGCUUCUACCACCCACUGGACGAACUGAAUUUCGAUGGAUUCCAAUCCACCCUAAACCCGGUCGACGAUCGGAAUACACUGCCGAUACCGUUCAAUCAACCUCACAGAUUCCUGACAAUCGACCUGAGUCGCCAGCACCUCUUCCUUUGCCUGAGUUUGAAGAUUAUCUCAAAUGGGCUAAGAUUGCGCCCAAUGAUCAAGCAACCCGAGCUCUUCUAGUCAAAUGCGACAUUAUCAACUUCAAAGCAUUCCUGUCUCCCUCAAUGGAUGUUACUGCCCUUGAGAGGUUGGGAUUUGCUUUUGGCACCGCUGUCCGUCUACAUGAUAGUGCACCAUCAUAUCGUACCGACCUCAAGGAGCGCAAGGCAAUGCAAAUGGCCUAUCUUGACCAAAUAAAAGAUCAAUGA